CGGAAACGGGGCACCGGGCGUGACGUCACUGCUGCCUAGGCGCCCGGCCUCCCAGAAGGCAUCGCGUCCCUGCCGUCCUACCCAUCUGACGGCGGCGCACACCAGUAGUCGCCGGCUACCUGUGAGGACAUCCCGAAGGGCGAGGGGAGGGCUUGGCCUCUCGAGCCUAGUUUCCCGGUCUCUCCCCGAGUCUGGGUCUCUGGGCUGUCCCCAGUGAGCGCCCAGGGGCGGCAGAACCCCAAGAGCGUGACUGACAGGUUUCCUCCAGUAAGAGGUGACUCUUGAAGCUCUGCAGAAACAAGUGUGUGUGUGAUUUCAAGGCACGAUGGCUGCAAAAGUGGUUCCUAUACCCCCAAAGCCAAAGAGUUCCUUUAUACUGAGAGUUCCUCCUAACUCCAAGCUGGGCCAAGAUCUACGUCGAGAUGCUACUAGUGGGCCCAAGACCAUUCACCAGCUGGUUCUGGAGCACUUCCUCACCUUCUUGCCCAAGCCAGGCCUAGUCCAGCCCGGUCAGAAAGUCAAGGAGACCUUGGUUAUUGUGAAGGAUGUGAGCUCAAACCUUCAGAACAGAGUGCAACCUCAUCCCUUAGUGAAGCUUCUACCCAGAGAAGGAAUCCAGCAGAAACAGGAGACAGUGUCUCUGUGUUUGAAAGCUGAGUCUGAGGAGCUGGUGGUCUUUGAGGAUUUGAAUGUAUUUCACUCCCAAGAAGAAUGUGUAAGCUUGGAUCCUGUUCAGCAGCCCACCUCAGAGAUUCAAGACAACAGUAUUGGGGAGAUGAUGUUACUGGUCAGUGACAGUAACCCUGAGGGUGAAGAUCUUCAGAGAGAACCUGUAGAGAAUGAAGAUCAGAGAGAAAAGUCUUCAGAUUAUGAUGAAAUUGAUUGCUCCGUGGUCUCUGAGCAACCUCCAGAUUGCCAGAAAGAGGAAAGACUAAAUACAUCCAUUCCAAAGGAAAGGAAAAUGAGAAAUCUUUUAGUUACCAUUGAAAAUGAUACUCCACUAGAGGAACUCUCAAAAUAUGUGGAUAUCAGUGUUAUUGCACUUACCAGAAAUCGGAGAACAAGAAGAUGGUAUACUUGUCCACUGUGUGGGAAACAGUUUAAUGAAAGUUCUUACCUUAUUUCUCACCAGAGGACUCACACUGGAGAAAAACCCUAUGACUGUAGUCACUGUGGGAAAAGCUUCAAUCAUAAAACGAACCUUAAUAAACAUGAGCGAAUCCAUACAGGAGAGAAACCUUAUUCAUGUUCUCAGUGUGGGAAAAACUUUCGUCAGAAUUCUCAUCGGAGUCGCCAUGAAGGAAUCCAUAUAAGGAAGAAGAUAUUUAAGUGUCCAGAAUGUGGGAAAACCUUCCCAGGAAACAAAGAAUUUGUGAUUCAUCUGCAGAGUCACGAGGCUGAGAGGCCAUAUGGUUGUACAAAGUGUGGGAGGAGGUUUGGUCGGCUCUCAAACUGUACCCGGCAUGAAAAAACCCAUUCAGCAUGUAAGACCCAAAAACAGAAGUGGGAUUGAGAAAGGUCUGAUGGUCCUGCCUCAACCUGAAAUAUUCCUUAAGGAAUUCUGAAUUCCCAGGCUAUCUGAAAAGAUACAGAUAAGAAAACCUCAUUAUAGCCAAAAUUGGAUAAAUACCCAUGUUUGCUGAAACCUUAAGUUUUUAGAAAAUUCACAGGGGGGAAGAAAAAAACCCAAAAACAUCCUCAAGGGCUAUACCUCAGUUAGCAACCAGGCUUUUUGGACUAGAGCUUUCUUUUGUGAACUUGUAUAACAAUGUAUAGGUCACAGAUCCCUUCCCUGAAAGAUGCUUUGAAAUGUGAGUCUGGGGGCUGCUUACCUUCAAGGUGAAGAGUGAUGAGUGUCCUGAAAGUAUAUCCAGCUUUUGGCUUCCCUGGUGGCACAGUGGUUGAGAGUCUGCCUGCCGAUGCAGGGGACGCAGGUUUGUGCCCCAGUCCAGGAGGAUCCCACAUGCCGCGGAGCGGCUGGGCCUGUGAGCCAUGGCCACUGAGCCUGCACGUCAGGAGCCUGUGCUCCGCAACGGGAGAGGCCACAACGGUGAGAGGCCCGCGUACUGCAAAAAAAAAAAAAAAAAAAAAGUAUAUCCAGCUUUUCCCCCACAUAGGAAUUCACACUUGAGAAAUAAUGUAAAGGUCCUAAAAGAACCAAACUACUGAUUUGUUAAGUCAACAGCUUCUGUUAGCAACUCAUGUAACCCUCCAAGGAUACCCUUAAAGCCUGAGAGUUGAAAGGGAUUGUUUACUUUGGAAUUUAGGAAAAUACAGCAAGGAAUGUCAAGGACUUACACUGUCAUUUUAUGUGAUCUAAACUAACAAUUUCAAUAACAUUUGCAAUUUGUGGUUGAAAAGUGACUGUUUUACAGAAAUCCUUUUCACAGUGUUAUUUAAAAGUGUCUCCUGUUUUCACUGUAUUUUGUUCUGCAAUUAAUUGCUCACACAGCUCUCUCAUGCCUUUCCCUUGCCAAAAGAAGUUUGGGUCGUUCAGGCCUGGCCACCCAGCCCUGCUCCUGGAAAAGCUCUUUAGAAUCUUGCCUCUCUGUUGAGUUGAGAAGAAAACCUGCUAGGAAGGAAACCCCAAGAGGAGGAGGAGGACGUUGGCUUGGAUCCAUGGCUGGUCAAUAAACUUGCCAUAUGUGUUAUUUCCCAUCAGACCUUUGGGAAUGGGUGGUCACUACCUCACAAGCAAAGUGUUUUACUUUUAGAAAUUAUGUCUCCAAUAGCUAGCUCACAUUACCCCUCAGGAGACAGGGUUCCAGUGUCCUCAUUGUAGUGGAUAUUUGUUCUCUGGCCUCCUGACACCCAGACUUCCCUGACUUGUCUGCCAGAGGCAAGGCCAGCGGUGCCUUCACCGGGCCGAUCCUGUGGUGCGUCAUUUUAAGGAUUCUUGAUCAGUCUUGCUCUUCUUAGAUUUCCUAAGGUUUUACGUUGGUAUUUUGAUUGGAAUAGGUUAAAUCCCAUAUAUCAGUACUAUUGGGGGAAAAUUACCUUUACAAAUUUUGUUUCCUAUCCAAAAACAUACCUUUCCAUUGAUUAUAGAGUAUUCCUAAGUUUUUCUAAUU